AUGUCUUCGGGCAGUUCUCCCGAGCGCAAAUCAUUCAGAGACUCAACACCUCCCUCACCCUCAUCACCCGUCUCGCCUCCCUCGUUGCCACAAUGGCUGAGGCGGACUCGCCCGCGGUCUGGUCUCUUGUCGAAUGGGCGGUUACGGGUGUUGCUCAUCGCCAGUGGGUGCAUGAUGAUGGGAUGGAUGCUUACAUCUACGCUGGGUCCGAGUGACGGAGAUCUGUGGGAAGCCGACAUGGCCCACGACACAUCCUCGGGAGGGGUUUCGGAGGAUAUCACUGGCUUUGGUGCUCAACCGCCUACGCCUUCAAUGCAGCCCGGGAUCCUCGGAGGCUCCCUGCCGGAAGACGAGACGGGGUUGGUGGUGGAAGACAAGAAGCCGUCCGUGACUGGCGCAUUGUCGGAACUGCACGAUGCUGUGAAGGACAAGCUACAUGCCUGGAAUCCGUAUCUGGUCAAACCGCCUCACUCUGCUCCGUCAACGUAUGCCGCAAGUAACGGCACGUCCGAGGUGGAAGCCUCUGGUAAUGCCACGAAUUUGCUGAAGGGCGAGUUCGUCAAAGAAGGGACUACAGAAGAGGAACGCCUCGGUGCACGCGUGCGGAUUGGCAAAUGUACGAUACUGUUCAACGGCAAUAGCUUCUGGGAGCGCGCGAUACGAACACAUGAGCGGCACGAUCGCGAACACGGAUAUCGUCUGCACGUGCUUCGGCAGCAUCUCAUGGACGAUGUCUGGUCCAAGCCAGCAUACAUCCUGAGCCUCCUGCUACGUGAGCUGGCAAAGCCAGACCAUGAACGCCUCGAGUGGUUAUUCUGGGUCGACGCCGACACCACCAUCCUCAAUCCAUACAUCCCGAUCGAAGUCUUCCUCCCUCCCCCGGGCAGCCAAUUUGACGACAUCCACCUGUUGUACUCCAACGACUGGAAUGGGCUCAAUAACGGAGUCUUUCCAGUACGCGUGAACCAAUGGUCGGUGCAGCUAUUCUCCGCCAUUACCUCGUUUCGGCACUACCGUCCAGAUACGCCGCUUACGUUUCGCGACCAGUCGGCAAUGGAUAUCCUCCUGCGUGAGCCGGCUUUCGCGAACAACAUUGCCCAGGCGCCACAGCGGUGGUUCAAUGCAUACCAGGGUGAACACAACGAGACCCUGGCGCCGUUUCAGAUCCGCAGGGGUGACUUUCUGGUGCAUUUCGCGGGCGUGCCGGCUCGAGAAGAGCGUAUGGGAUACUGGCUGGACCGAGCAGAGCAGCAUCUGGAUGACUGGGAGAUUCCGGUGAAGUCGACAAGCUAUCCACAGGAGGUGAGGGAUUUCUGGGCGGAACAGGGCUCACUUCGCAGGCAGAAGGUGGAGCAUGCCGCCAACUCGAGACUCAAGGCCAAAGAGCUACUCGCCAAGAUCGAUCAAAGCCUGGCGGAUUACGGCGACCGGCUGGGUGACGAACAGCGUGCAUCGAUACAGUCGCACAGAGAGGCGCUCAACAAGGCGAUCGAGAACGAACAGUCUGCUGCCGAUACUACACAAAUGGCGGAGGCGGCGCAGGGGCUGGAAACCGUCGCAGAACCGUUGACGUCGACCAUUGCAAGCGCAAACAAGCUGCUGCUGCAGUCGGCACACGAAGUCAUCUUCGCAGCAGAGAGGGAUCUCCUCGAAAGCGGUUUCAACGAAGGGGCGCGCAAUGCGGAGCUCGAACGCGUUUCCGAGACGGUCAAGUAUCUCAAAACCAUGGUCAUGACGCCACAGGAGCACUGGAUUCGCCACGACAUCACCGCGGCGACCAAUGCUGUCACGGAGGCUCGGGCUCGACUGCACGAGACGAUGGCGCAGGCGUCCUCGUCCUCCAGAGAAGCCGCGAAUGCUCUCGCGACGGGGUCCGUGGAGAGUCAAGCUUCUGAGAGCCACGCUCCUGGAGGACAAGGGCAGGUAGUGGCGGAUCCACCAGAAUCCAUAUCAACCGACCCGCCCAUGCAUUGGAGCCUCAGCUCCGCUGCCCCAGAACCGACGGAAUGA